AUGAAUAUCCUCGUUGCUCCAAGUGGCUUCAAAGAAAGCCUGGAGCCCCACGUUGCUGCGGAUUGCAUCGAAGCCGGAAUCUUACGCGCUGCCCCCGAUGCCAAAGUACGAAAGGUACCGCUAUUUGAUGGAGGUGAAGGGUUUGCUCGUGCGUUGGUAGCAUCCACUGGAGGGGAACACAAAGAGUUGGCUGUCACCGGGCCGGUUAAACAUAAAAUCAAUGCGUUCUACGGUUUUCUUGGGGGAGAACGGCAACGAACUGCUGUUAUCGAAAUUGCUGAAGCCGCGGGGCUCCGCCUGGUUCCUAAAGACCAACGAGAUCCAACAAGGACAACAACAUACGGAGUUGGAGAAUUGAUAAAUGCCGCUUUGAACCAUGGCGCAGACCGAAUCCUGAUUGGCUGCGGGGACUCAGGAACGAGUGACGGCGGAGUUGGUAUGUGCCAGGCCCUUGGAGCACGGUUUCUCGACAACAAAGAAUGCGAGCUUCCGCAAGCUGCCGGAGGGGGGAGCCUUGCUAAGUUGGCUAAGGUUGACCUUUCUGGAAUCCAUCCACGGUUGAAGAAGGUCCAAAUCGAUGUGCUUUGCAAUUGGAAAAACGUUCUAUGUGGGCCCAACGGCGUCGCCAGGGUCUACGGGCCGCAAAAGGGUGCAACGGCGGAGCAAGUUGACCAACUUGCAGCAGCACUAGAAAACUAUGCGGCAGUUGUUAAGCACGAUGUAGGGAUGGAUCUGGCUAAGAUGCCAGGUGGAGGAGCGUCGGGAGGAUUAGGAGCUGGGUUUGCGUUGAUCGGUGCGACAUUGCGUCCCAGGUUCGAAGCGAUCACAGAGUAUUUCGGGAUCGAAAAGCUAUUCGAUGAAUGCCAUUUGAUUUUCACUGCCGAGGGCGGAAUCGAUUAUCAGACACCAAGGGGUAAAAUCCCCGGCGAACUGGCGAUACGAGCCAAACGAUGCGGCCUUCCUGUUGUCGCAAUCGCGGGAACGAUUGGAGCAGGCGCGACAGUUAACUAUGGUGCCGGAAUAGAUGCUUUUACAAGCAUUAUCCAAGCUCCAACAAGUCUCGAAAACGCCGUAGCUCAGGCACCAAAGCUUCUGAUUGAGAGUGCGGAGGCUGCGAUGAGAAUGAUCAUGAUUGGGCGUCGCCUUGUUGUCAACGAGGCCAAGAGCCGAAAUAGAGAAGCCGGUGCAUCUCAGUGGAUAUCUCCUGAAAGAACUAGCAUCCGCUUCCAGAUUCGGGAGUCUAUCGUCAAGCUGCUACCUUUGCUCGUAUCACUCUCCAUCUUUAUCUCCUGGCCCUGGUUUGCGGCGGGGCACUGA